AUGUCGACGCCGCCACCUCCUGCCGCCACUCCUCCACUCCCAGUUAUGGCUUCCAACCCAGGACAAUGGGAAAUGGGGGAAUGCACCGAACUCCAAAAAGCCUCGUUAAAGUGUAUCGAAGAGAACUACACGAAGCGAAGCAACUGCAACGAGCACUUUGAACGCUACCGCGAAUGCAAGAAGAAACGACAUGCGUCCAUCGUGGCCGCGCGCCGUGCUGGCAUCUUGGAUUAA